GCCACAGAAGAAUGGGAGCCUGCUCGGGAGCCUACCGAAGAACUUGCAAACGUGAUCAUACAGAAAACAUCAGGGUUAUGCACAGCAGGCUGAUGGGCGUAGAAUUCAACUCGAAGAAGAAAUCAAAGGAUUGGCGGGUACCAGGGGCGAGGAACUAACUGGGUGGCUGGACCAAGCCCUGCAACUUCCUUCUGCAUGCAAUGAAUGAAAAGACUGUUUCGUGCCCUAUAAAUCACUUUCUCUCCUCCGAGAUUCAAGAAGUAUGCGAACCGCGAACCGCACUGGUUCUUUGGUUCCCCGAUCACAGCCGCAAUCUACACGGACAGAGCAGCAAAUUCGGUCCCUUCCCAGUUUCCCGGGGAGGGAGCUCACUUCUUUUCCACAGGCCCAUCCCCCUACCGAGAAAAACGCCUGCAGACUCGUGCCCCGAAGCCGCGCGGGGCUGACGUUUCAGAGUUAGACAAUAACCUCGAGGGUUUUCAACAGAAACUCCGUCUGCCGCUGCCUGGCUCCGAGCCUCCGCUCUGCCCGGCCGAGAGGCAGAGGUCCGACCGAGGACGGGUUUGAAAAAUGGACUUUGACCCGAUCCGGUUACCGCAACCGGAUCCCCAGGGACCGGUCCCCAUUAGGGGCGGCCCGAAGAGCUCCACGGAGGAGGCGACUCCACGCACGGGCACAAAGGGGCUGCCCAGACAAAAGAGCCCCGCAAAAUCGCGGGGGGCGGAGUGGGCCAGCCGGCGCAGGACGCACUACAGGCGGAGAAACCACGGCGGGACCGUUGUGGGAGGGCGGAGGAGGAGGCGGCGGCCCCGGCCCGGCCCAACCCGCCCCGCCCCGGCCCGACCCCACCGCAGCUCCGGCCGUUACCCCCGCCCGGACCACCACCUCCUCGCGGAGCCAAAAACACUGCUGGAGCCUAGGAGACACCCACAGCCAGACCCCGCGUACUUCUCGCUCACUUUCCCUUGUUCCUCGAACUCACCCGGGUGGCCGCCGCCGCCUCCUCAGCCUCCACAGUAGUUUCCCCCGGAAAUCCU